UAUCCUGCCAGAGAAUAGUCCUGAAUUUGUCACUUAGCACAAGGAGAGAAUCUGCGCUGCACGGCAAAAACUGUUGAUGUUUUUACCGGGUAUACGCUGGAAACUAAAGCGUAACGUUACCCUGUUUUCUAGCGUUAUCACUUUACGCUUGAAAUCAAGCGUAACAGGUUCAUUCGGCAAGAUUUCACCUUUACCUUAUGGUCGAGUCUCUUGCAACAGAUAUACUUUGCAACUCACAUAGUUGGACUCCACACACACAAUCACAAGUUUCUCAAAUUUAAUUUGGAAUAUUUUUCUUUUCUGCAGUGAACGUGGGAAAAGCAGAGCUAUUUUUCCAUACUUCAAUUUUCAGAUUCUGUUGCAAUUAUUGCUCAUAGCAGACGUGUCGAGGUCCGGAGCAACUGCGCAUCCUGAGAGCUGAAGGACCUGGAAGGUCACUGCUUUCUCUUAGGUUGUGAAACUUGCCUUGCAAAUGACCAUCGAACGGCAAGUAUGUGUUUCAAACGUUAUCACGCAGUAUUGGCAAUGCUGUGAACGGAAUUGCAGGUACUGCAGCCCCGUCCAAGUCUUCGGUUGUCUCCGUAGAGCAGUUGCUGCAGGAUUGGAGCGACGACGACGGCGAGCAAGAGGCAGCCAACAGUCUCCCUGGUGGAAGGCGGGUCGUCGGCUGGUGCACCUACAUCGGUUGCUCCGAGGGGUUCGCGUGCUGGGAGGACUACGUGGAGCACUACACGAGCCGCCACGCUACGACGCCGGGAAGCCGUUGCCCGCUGUGCCUGCAGCCCACCCAUCAGGAAUCGUCACAACGACGCCACAGCUGGGGCUGCAGUAACUGCGCUGCGACGUUCCUGGACUUCCUGGCACUUAAGUCCCACUGGACCCAAUUCCACGGCUGCAAUCUGCGCUUCAAGCGUUGCCUGCCGGGAAGGCGCCUGGUAGCCGAUCAAGAUACCGAGUGAGCUCGCGCUGUCGUCGACCAGUGCGGUCAGCGCAGAACGUGCUACAAAUGCUAUGCGUCUCUCUAGGACAAUUCUGCCAAGUCGGUCUGUUUAUCAGUUCUGCUCCUACGCUCGACGUCUUCCGAAAUUUCUUUUGAGAAUUUAAUUUUGUCUCAUCCAAAUGAUGUUUUUGGUGCUCAUGUAUCCAUUGUUACUUCAGGACUUGUUUGUGCCUGGAUUACAUGGGGCCCCCGUCUUUUCGUGUUUAUUCGUGUAAGGUGAAAUUUCACGUUACACGGUGAAAGGAAAGUGGCUUCCAUGCAAAUGCGGAACAUGCGAAUGGUACGAGCGAGUCGUCCAAGUAACAAAGAAUAAACGUGUAUACUAAAAUCACUUCAUCUUAACAAAAAUUGUGAAUUUUUCAAAACUACUUGAGAAAUCGAAACAGUUGUGACUUGGUCACUUUUAUGAGUUUUGUGGGAUAGAAGUAACAUAAAAGUACUUGAGAAAUUAAUACAACUCAGUGGGUGGUUUUGGUCAAUUUGAUAUAAGUAUUGUGGGAUAUGGUGUUAAAAGUAACGUAAUUAAAUAAACAUUAUAUAUCAAACUUUAUUCGUAAUAACUUUGUAUUCCUGAGUAACCAAGAACUUAUGAAGCAAGUCAGUAAAAAAGGUUGAGAAACAAACCAAUUAAAACGCACUUUCGAGUA